GGAUUUAUCGUCAGAAUUUAUGGAAUAAAUUGAAGUAUAAAAAAAUGGAAAAUGCAUAUUGAAGAAUAUGAGCGACAGACAGCCUGCGUCAGCCAUGGUUCCAUCAAUUUAUUUUGUACGUUUUUAUUGAAUUAUUAUCCACGGCCUACAAAUGUAAGCUUGAAUAAACCGCAGCGAAUAAAUAAACUCCGAAGCACCUGUGUAACUUACACGGUGAAUAUUGUUCCAAUUAUUCUUAUUAUACCACAGCUAUAUAGCUCGCGACAAAACGCCAGUAUCAUAUUAGUUCAUUAAUCAGUGAUGGACAAUCAAAACUCUUGAAAAUUCCGAUUAGUCAGGUGUUUCUUAUCUUAAUGACAAUUUCCUAUCGAAUGUCAAAAAAAUGUACGCGAUAAUGGAAACACUUAUAUCUCUCCUACUAAUGACACAUUUAUCGGUAGCAGUACAUAUUUUAAAACUGCUUAACGAAUACAGUCUAACGACCACGUAUGGAAUAAAAACCGAACAAUUACCGCGAUUCAACGAAUAUGAUUUUAUAAUCGUUGGGGCCGGACCUGGUGGUUCUCCCGUAGCUAAUCGCCUGUCGGAAAAUGCAAACUGGAGGAUUUUACUUCUUGAAGCUGGUGGACCCGAGGGAAUCUUACAACAAAUACCCCUACUCUCGUCCUUGAACACGAAAUAUGAUUGGCAAUACACAUACGAGCCCCAGAAAAAUGCAUGUUUAGGAAUAAAAGAUCGGAGAUGCCCUUGUCCAAAGGGAAAAUCACUAGGUGGUACGAGCACCAUGAACAGCAUGCUCUACACAAGAGGGCAUAAAUUGGAUUUUGAUAUUUGGGCUCAACAGGGGAAUUACGGUUGGUCGUACGAAGAAAUUCUGCCUUACUUCAAGAAAAGUCAACGCGCUAAUCUGCGAGAACCAGUGGAUGAAUGGUAUCAUGGCAGGAACGGAUAUUUGCAUGUACAGAAUGCGCCGUGGAGCACUCCUCUCACGGCUGCAUUUUUGAAUUCGGGGAAACAGCUGGGGUACGACGUUGUUGACUACAAUGGACGACAACAGAUUGGAUUCUCGGAUAGUCAAUUGACCAUGGUGAAUGGUACACGAUGCAGUGCCUCAAAAGCGUAUCUGCGGAUAAGGCGAUUGAACUUGGAUAUCGUAACAGAAGCCACGGUUUCGAGGGUGUUAAUUGAUGACAACAAUCAUGCCUACGGUGUGGAGUUCAUUAAAAAUAAUAAAACAUAUCGAAUUAAUGCGGGUAAAGAGGUGAUUUUAUCAGCGGGUACAAUCAACACACCGAAAUUACUAAUGCUCUCCGGGAUCGGCCCCAAGGAUCAUCUCGACGAAUUGGGAAUCAAAGUGGUGAAGAAUGCCAGAGUGGGAUACAAUCUUGGUGACCAUGUGGGUUUCGUUGGUCUCACGUUUUUGGUAAACCAAAGUAUCACGCUUCUUGCAAAAAACAUAAGGACCCCAGAAUCUGUACUCCAAUAUGCUAUCAAUGGAACUGGUCCUUAUUCAACAGUAGUUCCUGCGGCACUCGCAUUCAUUCGCACAAAACUCGCAACUGAUGCACGACCCGACCUUGAACUAGUUCUGCGGACUAGGUCAUUCAAUACGGAUGGGGACGGGGGAAAGUCACGAAGUAUAAGUCGAGAAGUCUAUGACGCGAUUUGGAAGCCCAUUGAGGGUAAAGACGCCUGGGGAAUCUGGAUAGGCGCACAAUUGGCACGUAGCAAAGGACGUGUCACGUUGAGAUCAACUAAUAUUGAGGAUCACCCAAUCAUUGAUGCUAAUCUCUUGGACGAUCCAAAUGAUCUCGAAGUUCUUGUGGAAGGGGUUAAACUCGCGAUUGAGAUAUCCAAAUCCAAGACUUUCCAGUCAUAUGGCAGUAGACUGCAUGAUAUAAAAAUUCCAGGAUGCGAGACAUUUGAAUUUAACUGUGAUGAUUACUGGCGUUGUGCAAUUCGACGGUUAACAACUACUUUUAAUCAUGAGAUGGGCACCGCCAAAAUGGGUCCACCUACGGAUCCUACAGCUGUCGUUGAUCCUGAAUUGAGAGUUCAUGGAGUUGGGGGAUUGAGGGUCAUUGAUGCUUCCAUCAUGCCGGGAAUACCAGUGGGUCAUUUGACAGCCACAGUCUACAUGAUUGCCGAGAAAGGAGCCGAUAUGAUUAAGCAAUCCUGGGAGAAAUAGGACAACCCUGUUUUCCCAUCUUGUCUAUUAUUACCAGGCUACCCCCGGCUGAUGUGAUUUUGAAUUUUUUCCUGAAUCCACAGAUUUUUCUCCACACCUUUUAUUUCCAAGUCAAACCCAAUAUUCUCUGAUAAAUGUAAUUUAAUUGUUUAAUUGUAAAUAAAUAAU